GUCCCGUCGAACAGUCGGCGAACUGUAAUCUCUGGGGUAGACUGUAGAGCAUCGAGAGAGCAACAAAGUGUUUUUGCUUUUGUGAAGAAUGCGUUGUUUAGGCUGUGAAAUGGUUUAAUUUAGGAUUAAUGAAAAUUCACGCUAAUAAUUCGCAUUUCUAAGAUUACAACUUCGUUGCUUGACAAAAUGAGUUACAAUAACCGAGGCAACAAUGGCAAGAAGCAGAAGGGAUUCGGUUUUGCCGGAUUUCAAAUGUCUGGUCACAAACGGACAGGAGCAGCUAUACCUCCUCCACCACCGAAUUCUGGUUUUAGCAAGCAAGGAUAUCAUACUAUGAAUUCUAUCACUGAAAAUGCUUUAUCGACUUGGGGAGUUCCAAAGAAACGGAGCAAAACAGAAGAAGAGUAUUUUGAUGAUGACGAUGACACUCCUACAUCCUCGACCUUGGAGUAUAUUCCUGCUCCUGGUUCACCUUCGUAUGAAGAGCACAUAAACAAGAAUAAAAAGAAAGAGGAUAGCGACAGUGAGGAGGAUCCCCUUGAUGCAUUUAUGGCUGGCAUUGAGUCGGAAAUAGAAAGAACCAAAGCUCCAAGUGUAGAGGAUCGCAAGGAAGAGAAGACCAAAGGGAUUAGGGCAGAUAUCGAUGGAGAAGAUGAUGAAGAAAGUUACUACAGAUAUAUGGAAGAAAAUCCAAAUGCUGGUUUACAUUUGGAUGAUUCUGAUCAAGAAAUUGAAUACGAUGAAGAUGGAAAUCCUAUUGCACCUCUUAAAAAGAAAGAAAUUGAUCCUCUCCCUCCUAUCGACCACAGUGUGAUACCGUAUGAGCCAUUUGAGAAAAACUUUUACAAUGUGCAUGAGGAUAUUGCUAAUUUGAACAAACAACAAAUCGACGAAUUGCGAAAAACAUUAGGAAUCAAAGUGACAGGACCAGCUCCUCCUAAUCCUGUAACAAGCUUUGGACAUUUUGGAUUUGAUGACUCUCUGAUUAAAUCUAUUCGAAAGCAUGAGUAUACUCAACCAACGCCAAUUCAAGCACAAUCUAUCCCAGUGGCGUUAAGUGGAAGAGAUCUCAUUGGUAUUGCCAAAACUGGUAGUGGUAAAACUGCCGCUUUUGUUUGGCCCAUGCUUGUACAUAUAAUGGACCAAAAAGAAUUGGACUCAGGAGAUGGACCAAUCGGUCUCAUACUAGCACCAACCAGAGAACUGUCGCAACAGAUUUAUCACGAAGCAAAGAAGUUCGGAAAAGUUUACAAUAUACGAGUUUGCUGCUGUUACGGUGGUGGCAGUAAAUGGGAACAAAGUAAAGCUUUAGAAAGCGGGGCCGAAAUAGUGGUCGCCACGCCCGGUAGAAUAAUAGAUUUAGUUAAAAUGAAAGCAACAAAUCUAUCCAGAGUAACGUUUUUGGUACUUGAUGAGGCUGAUAGAAUGUUUGACAUGGGUUUUGAACCCCAGGUCCGAUCAAUUUGUAAUCACGUUCGCCCGGAUAGGCAGACGUUGCUGUUCAGCGCAACAUUCAAAAAGAGAAUCGAAAAAUUGGCAAGAGAUGCAUUGACUGACCCAAUUAGAAUUGUACAAGGAGACGUAGGUGAAGCAAACACAGAUGUAACUCAACACGUAAUUGUAUUUUAUAAGAAUCCUACGGGCAAAUGGACGUGGCUAAACCAAAACAUAGUCGAAUAUUUGAGUUCUGGCAGUUUGUUGAUAUUCGUAACUAAAAAGUUGAAUGCCGAGGAAUUGGCCAAUAACUUAAAGUUAAAGGAAUACGAAGUGCUGCUGUUACAUGGUGAUAUGGAUCAGGUUGAAAGAAACAAAGUUAUCACAUCUUUUAAGAAAAAAACAGUUAGUAUUCUUGUUGCAACGGAUGUCGCAGCUCGAGGUUUGGAUAUACCGCACAUAAGGACUGUCAUUAAUUACGACGUCGCUCGUGAUAUCGAUACUCACACGCACAGAAUCGGUCGAACCGGUCGAGCUGGCGAAAAAGGUACCGCUUAUACGCUGGUCACGGAGAAAGACAAAGAAUUCGCUGGACAUCUGGUGAGAAAUCUCGAAGGAGCUAAUCAGGAGGUGCCAAAAAGUCUUAUGGAUUUGGCUCUACAGAGCAAUUGGUUCAGAAAAUCAAGAUUUAAGAGCGGCAAAGGCAAACAAGUAAAUGUGGGCGGUGCUGGCUUCGGUUUUAGGUCGAAAAAUUCGUCUUCCAAUCAGAGCGAUCAGUCGAAUUCGUCAGCGUCGUCGUCGCAGUCAAAAGAUAUCAGUGACGUAGUUAAGAAGCUGGAGAGAUCGGGACCGGGCAGCGAUCGACUGUCAGCGAUGAAGGCUGCUUUUCGAAGUCAAUACAACACUCAGUUUCGAGCAUCUUCCGAUCACACGUGGGAACAAACCAUUACUCCUCCUUCGGUAAUUAUGCCGCCGCCACCUCCGCCACCACCAGGUGGUCUGCCAAGCGCAGGAAUGUCGAUGCCACCUCCUCCUCCACCCCCAGGCAGUGAACCCGCAAAUAAUAAGAACGUGGAUGCAGCGGAAGCGGCAAAACAGGAAAGAAAGAGAGUGAGAAAGAGUCGGUGGGAAUGAUAAUAUAAUUUGUUGAUAAAUUGUCUACUCGUCAUAUCUGAAAAGCCGAUAAAGGUUGAGAAAGCGAUCACUGAUUGACCAGAUUUUUCUAAAGAAAAAUAGCGUGGAUUCGACAAAGGCCACACAUUAAUCGUAACGUACACUGCAAGAGAUAAAUCAAAGGCAAGUUUUGUCUUACCUUUUUAAAAGUUCUCCUUUUUUAUAUCAACCACUAUACAACUGAGAUAUAUUUUUUCGCAGUUUUCUUUUGUCUUGCUUUAAUUUUUAGAAGCACGCGUUAUUGAAAGUAUGCUUUCCGUUUUCGCAUGUUGGGAAAACAUGCAUAUCGAUCGAAUUGUAUGUAUAUAUUUAAAUCAAGAAAAUGAACUUUUCGUUGUGUGUUGAAAUCUCAAUGGAUGAUUGACGGAACCUCAUACCAGUUUAUCGAAAGGCACGUUAGUAUGUAUAUUUUUAAUCUUGUGUAAGUGUACAAUUAAACGAUUAUACGUACGAUAUUCUUUUUUUUAUUAUAGACAAUAAAAAUUGCUCGAAAAUUAAAACUUCUUUUUGAGAACUCCAUCGUGUUUUAGGUUUUAAAAGAAACUUUAUUUUGUAUGUAUACAUUUUAAAAAACAAACACACCUCGGAUAAUGUAUAAUUAAUACAUCCCUCAUCUAAUUACGUGUAAUAUAAAAAAAAAUAAUAAUAAUA